AUGUUAAAUAAAAGUUUUAUUAUAUUUUUUAUUUUAUCAACUUUAUUCUUUUAUUCAUUGAUUGCAGUUAUUCCAUCUGAAGGUCCUUGUGUUUUGGGUACAAGUGAUGAUGCAAAAAAUUAUAAAUGUACAACUGAAGGUUACUAUGAAUUAGUACAAUGUAAUAAUGAAUAUUGUGUUUGUGUUGAUCCAUUUACUGGAAGUGAAGCUGGUGAUACAAGAACAGAUCCUAAAUAUACACCAAAUUGUGGAAAAUGUUUAAAGGCAUAUGCUAUUGCUGCUGCAUCAAAUAAAAAUCAAUUUGAUCUUCCACAAUGUAAUAAGAUGAAUGGAAAGUAUGAAAAAUUAAGAUACACUGAAAAUGGAACAUUUUGUGUUGAUGAAAAUACAGGUGAAAAAACUAAUCAAAAGAUAAAUGAAUAUAAGGGUAUGCUAACAUGUGAUGAUUAUUCAAAUUAUACCAAUAAUGAGAAUUCUUUAUCAAUUAAUUAUCCAGAAGAUGUUAAAAAAACACAACCAACAACUAAAUAUGAUAUUCCAACUGUCAACAUUGCAUGUUCAAUUCCAAAAGAUGCUGGUGAAACCUGUCCACCAGGUGAACAUAAAAAAAGUGAAAGAUUACUUUAUUAUUUUGAUAUUGAAACAAUGCAAUGUUUACCAAUAUUUUAUAAAGGAUGUAAAGGAAAUAAUAAUAGAUUUAGCACAGCAUCUGAAUGUUCCUCAGCCUGUUUACCAAUGGAUUUUUCAGCCUGUAGUGGAAGAAUAAUGAGUGCAGUUGAUAGUACUGGAAAUACAAUCAUAUGUAAUAAUUAUAGAGGAAAAAUGGCCGGUAAUGAAAAAAAUCAAGAAGAAUGUCCACAAAAUUUUUCAUGUGUUAUGGGUGCAUUUUUUGGUACAUGUUGUCAUAAACCAACUGAAGAUUUAUUUAAUAAAAAUUAUAAUCCUACAUGUAAUGAGGAACAAUUCCAAUCAUCUAAACCUAUUAAAUAUGAAAAAUAUGGUUUUACAACAACAUUACUUGGAAGAGAUUGUUCAGACAAUUUUUGUCCAUCAAAUUCUGUCUGCCAACAGGGUGAAAUAUUUGCUUACUGUUGUUUAAAAAAAUAG